AGCCCCAUCUGUGUGUGUGUUCCCGUGCCCUUCCUCCCUUCCCACCCUUCGCCCGUUCCCAGCACGACUCGCUGGCCAACCAGCCAUCCUCGCACUGGUCAACUCUGCCGCCGGCUCUCUUUAACCCCCCCCCCCCCUUCCCUUCCCCGCCCCCCUCUUCAACGUGACUCCGAGACGGGCAGCGUGCUGUCCGGCUGGUAUUCAUUCAGAGCAAGUAAUAUGUCCAGUGAGUCACAGAGGGCUGAUGACAGCCCGAGUACCAGUAGUGGUAGCUCAGAUGGGGAUCACCGUGAGAGUAACCAGCAACAAGAAAGGGAACAACCACAGCCUAAGAAGAAGGAUGCCAAGAUUUCCAGUAAAACUGCUGCUAAACUUUCAACUAGUGCUAAAAGGAUUCAGAAAGAACUUGCAGAGAUUACACUUGAUCCUCCGCCAAACUGCAGUGCUGGCCCCAAAGGAGACAAUGUUUAUGAAUGGAGGUCAACUAUCCUGGGCCCCCCAGGUUCAGUGUAUGAGGGCGGUGUCUUCUUCUUAGAUAUCACAUUUUCACCCGACUACCCCUUCAAGCCACCCAAGGUGACGUUCCGAACGAGAAUCUAUCAUUGCAAUAUCAACAGCCAAGGAGUGAUCUGUCUCGAUAUUUUGAAGGAUAACUGGAGCCCAGCACUGACGAUCUCCAAAGUUCUUCUCUCCAUUUGUUCUCUUCUUACAGACUGCAAUCCAGCGGAUCCUUUGGUGGGAAGCAUAGCAACUCAAUAUCUGACUAACAGAGCAGAACACGACAGAAUAGCCAGGCAGUGGACCAAGAGAUAUGCCACAUAAGAAGAUAUUUCAGUCAAUCCUGAUCCCUGGGAAAGCACAUUCACCAAGUGCAACAACAGCCCAAAUCCUAAUCUUGACUUUGUUUCCUUUUUUAAACAAACAUCUGUGUAAAAAUCUCUUUAUGUUCCCUGAAGACUUGAAGCAAUUUGAGACCUGGUUGUUUUUACAAUGAGUAGAUCUGAAUCUCGACAAUGUAAAAAGUGUUCCAGUAGAGAGCUUUAUUGUUACAUAGGUUUGUAUAAGUGUGUCUUCUUCCAUGUGGUUCUUGAACCGUGAUAGAUUAUAUAUCUCAUUCCUCACAUGGGUAGUAGCAGUUAGAACCAGAGUGUUUUCUACUGAAGUUAAUCAUGUCAGGUGCAUCGACCAGACUACAGCUCUGCAAUAAGCUUCAAUUAACAAUCACUGUACGUUACAACAAUAACCGUCUUUUUCACCAGCCUCAAUUUCCUUUUCUCAAAAAGGCUGACGAACAACACUUAAAAUGUGUGUAUUUUGAACAAUACCUACUUUCAAAUGCUUGUAAAUUUUGAGAUACUUGCAAUUCUUGACUGUAAAACAGUUUGAUUGAAAUAACCAUUACAACAGCAUCAUGGCUGAACUACAACACAGUCUUAUUUCCUUUGCCCUUUACUUUAAAAAAUAUCACCGGGAAGCUGACUUUGUAAAAUCAGGUCAAAGGUGAGAGAAUGUUUUCAUACUGAAUUUUCAAUUGUACAAAUUCAGCAAACUGCACUGAGGCUCAGCUAGACCCUUACAGAGGCAUGGUGAACUCUGUUUGAGCCUGCCUCCGGGAGCUCAGCUAUUUGGAUUACAUGGAUAAAUACAGCACAGGAACAUGUCCAUUGGCCCACAAUGUCUGUGCUGCACAUAAUGACACGGUAAACUAAUCUCAUCUGCCUGUACACGAUCCAUAUCUCUCUGUUCCCUACAUAUCCAUCUGUUUAUCUAGCCUCUUAAAUAUGAUCAUAUCUGCUUCCAUUACCACCCCUGGCAGCACGUUCCACCACUUUCUGCAUUAAAAAAAGCGUCCUUCUCACCUUAAAGCUCCCUUGUCUUUGACAUUACAUCCUACAAGGAAGGUUCUGACUGUCUCCUUUAUCUAUGCCUCAUAAUUUUAUAUACUUCUAUCAGAUCUCCCUUAACUACUGGUGUUCCAGGGGAAACAAGUUCUGUUUUUUGAGACUUUCAGUAUGAAAAUGUAAUUAGUGGUUCUUCUACCACAAAAUAUAUCCUAAAAGAACGUUGCUGGUUUAAACACUCAAUAGAUGAGUGACAGAGCAGAACAUGCCAGAAAUGUGCCCGUACCUUAGAGCGGAUGUGUAUACAAAUUAAAAUAAAGUAUAUAUAUGUUCUUUGUGUAUUCAUGGAUGUACUAAAUAAAGCAUGAUUCACCAUCUUCAAA